AUGUCUCCCACCAAAGACAUGACGACGUUACCGCCAGUUGUCUCGCCUGGCGAGAUUUAUACACCGCCCAAGGCUUUCGUCAAAGGCCAACGCUCGCGAAUCGCGAAGCCUCUGCGGGAGCCUCGAAGGUCCGCUAGUUCGGCCUUCGAUAUACCGUCUAAGGAGCCCAAUGCAGCGCCGCCGUUGAAAUAUACGUCACAAACCGUGAAAGUCCAACCAACAUAUGGACAGAGAGCCGUUAAAUCGCCGACUCUAAAGUCGAAAGGAUCUCUGUCCUCUCUUUUCAGAGAACCUCCAUCCUCAGCGAGAUCCAGUAGCAAGGUUGCAGUCUCGGGUGUUGGGUCUUCCGCAGCCCUGCUGAAGCCGAGAUCGAGAGGUGAAAAUACCCUGGCUCCCUCAACACCGCCGAGGGCAAAUUCGAAAGCAAAGAGGCAUACCAUGCUGCACCAAGAUCCAACGGUCGUCACAUUGAAGGCAUCGCAAGCAGAUACUCCGCCAAAGUCUUCAGCCGCUCUCCGAGAGACAAUUGCAAAAGCCAAAGCAGCAAAGAGGAAAGCUCGAGAGAGUGCGGACCCCACCGAUGUAUCGUGCCAGGGCCCUUCUAGUUGGCCCACUAGUUUCGUUGAAGACGACUUGUCUUACGGUGGCAACAACCAUGGCCUUUUGCGCAAGCGCAUUCAGCAGGCCACAGCUUCUGGCUACCUCAACAUUGCAGCAAUGAAUUUGAAGACGAUACCCACAGAGGUCAUGCACAUGUACGAUCCAGAGCACCUUACAACGAAUUGGGCAGACCUGGUAGACCUGACUAAGCUGAAUGCGGCUGAUAACGACCUUGAGGAGCUGAACGAAGAUAUGUUUCCUGACGUAACGAAAGGUGAUGGGGAGAUGAACCACCAAUUUCUUGGGCUAGAGGUUCUCGAUUUGCACAGAAACCGUCUGACGCGACUCCCGCAAGGCUUGCCUAUGCUGGAACGACUUCACACCCUGAACUUGAGUGGCAACAAGCUCACCACCGAUAUUCUCGAUAUUAUCAGCCAGAUACCCAAGCUACGAGAGCUCUCUCUUGCUGACAAUUCCAUCGAAGGCGAACUGGACCUCACGCGAGCUGGAUCAAAUACUUGUGGUUGUCUGGAGAAUCUCGAAGUCCUGGAUCUUCAUGGCAAUGCAGUGAGCAGUUUUGGUGCAGCGGGGCUUCUCACGCUCAAGCAUUUAAGAAUCCUGAAUGUUGCGGGCAACAAACUAUCAUGCUUGGAUUGGCAGCUGCUCUCAACGUCGACACUGACGGAAUUGAACAUCUCCAAGAAUCGUUUCUCUGGCGUCCUCUUCUCCGCAGGUGGUCUAAGUUUUAAGCAGCUCCGGAGCUUGGAUGCAUCAUACAACGAACUUGAGAGUUUAACUGCUGGUGACGACGAGGCUAAAACGGUGUUCUCGAGUAUUCGGACUCUCAACUUGACUGGCAAUAAAAUGACCAGCUUACCUUCCCUAAGAAGUCUUGAAGACUUACUCACCCUCCAGCUUGCAGACAACAAGCUAUCAGAAAUACCUGCGGACUUUACUCAGCUAGAGGGUUUGAAGAGCGCAGACUUUGCGAAUAAUGAUAUCCGACUGAUCCCUGCGGAACUUGCCACAAUGGCCAAUCUGACGAGCAUCAACCUCGUGGGAAAUCCGCUCAGGGAGAAGAAGUAUCUCACAAUGGGCACAGCAGACCUCAAACUGGAUCUCGAGAAGAAACUGGACCCAACCGAGGCCGGCAACAACCCAACAAAGACCAGUCCUGCAGAUGCCAUCUCUAACAGCCAAUACCGCUACACUCCCUCGAACGGCAUCCUCGACCUUUCAUCCCAAACGCUAUCCACGAUCCCCAUGGAAUUGAUCGACCUCACCUCCGAAGUUCACACUCUCAAACUCUCAAACAAUGAGCUCGCCUCCUUUCCAAUAAAGCUCCUCUCACAUCCUUCAUUGAAAUACUCCCUCCAAUCUCUCGACCUGUCACACAACCCCCAACUCCACCCAACAGACUACCUCACCUGCGAGCUUUUCAUGCCGUACCUCAAGUCUCUGUAUAUCGUCUCUACCGGGCUGACGAGCCUAGACGCUUUGACAACAUACCUCCGAGCCCCAGAGCUCAAGGAGAUCAACAUCUCAUGCCACAAACUAGCGGGCCACGUGCCGUGGGUAAGGGCGUGGUGGCCAAAGGUCACGACCCUGCUGGCGACAGACAACUGGUUCAACUCGGUCGAUGUCGAAGGCGUCCGUGGCCUCGAGGUCCUAGACGUCCGGAACAAUGAGAUCGAAGCCCUGCCUCCCAAGAUCGGCCUCCUGGGUAAUCUCCCCGGCAGCAAGGACAAGAUCCCUGGGAGACUGCGCGUCCUGGAGGUCAGCGGCAAUAGAUUCCGUGUCCCGAGACUAGUGGUUGUGGAAAAGGGCACCGAGGCUGUCUUGAAGGAUCUAAGGAGGAUGGUCAAGGCCGAGGAAGUGACGGAUGAGUGGAGGGAAGUGUUGUGA